CUUACGUUAUGAAUCCGAAGCGAAGUUUUCAAAUUGUUACUGGUUACUUACACAAUAAAACGUAACGAAUACUGUAAGUUUAACUGAAUCUUUUAAACUAAAUCUAAAGGUUAAAAUCAACCUAUUUUGCUUAUUACCAUGACAAUAACACUGUCUCAAGUAAAAUCGCUUAAUAGUUGUAUUACUUCUAACAUCGAUGCUAAACUAUUAUAUCCAAAAGUAGUAUUAUUUGAAAAUAAAAACAGUGUGCGAGUAGUGAACUUACUGGAAAACAAUGAAAAAAUUGAAGAGCAGAACGAAUACUAUACAUUUGAAAAGGAAAUUGUUGAUAAAAUAUUAUUAGAUCACUUUGUGUGGCUUGUUUUCAAAUGUGGUGAUAUCAUUGCAAUAGAUGUAGUAAAAGGUACACAAAUUAAAGUAACAAAUGAUACUAACACUAGCCUCAAAAUCUGUCAGAUUGGAAGAAUAAGUAACCAUUUACAUUUCAUCAGUGAGAGUGGAGAUACCUUUGUUAUUCCAUUAGAUACCUCAGAGUUGCUGAAGAGAUUAAGUGAGAACACCAAUGAACUCACUGUUCCUUUUAAGAAAGCCCAUGUCUCGCAUUCAAGUGUUAAGGCAACAGAGAAUUCAAUAAAUGGUUUGAAUAUUUACAUAGAGGAUGGAACUGCGAUGAUAAAAUGCCCAAUAACUGGAAUAGUUGAAAAUGUAACAACAAAAACAAAAUUCGAUCAUAUUGUGUCAUGGAAAGACCAGAUAGUCUUAACUAAUGGAAAUCAAAUGUGGAUUAUUGAUCUGAAGGAAUCUCAAGUAAUACAUGAAUUUGAGAAAAUAGAAGGGAAUUAUUACCCUGUGCUGGACCACAAUGAUCUCUUUUACUACCUUGUGUGGAGUAAGGAAAAGGUGGAGAUUAAGUGUGCUGGAUUUACCCAAGACCCUUCAAAUCUUGCUGGAAGUGAUAACAAUACUGAUAAUUGUAGUGUACAAAAAGCAUCUCAAGAAACACUCAAGGCUCAGCUGAUGAUGUUGGUAAACACUAUUACAACUGCAACAAAACCAGAAACUGUAUUACCAGAAUUACAGCCUCUUUAUGAGGCUAUUGAUGAUUUUAAAUUUCUAAUUGAAAUAACUCAGCAACUAUGCCAACUCAGUAUUGUAUAUAAAUCAUUGCUUUACCCUCUUCAAAAGAGAAUAUUUGCACUAAAUGAUAAUAAUCUAAUAAAUAUAGUGAGUGAAUUGUCUAUCAAAAUAGAUUUGAUUGAAUACAUUCAAUUUACAGGCAAUAACUCAUACGAGGAAAUCAACAUCUUUGAUCAAAAUCCCAAAGAACUUUGUGUUACAUUUAUAUGUAAAAGUGAUUUUGAUAUUGCUUGUAUUUGUUGGUUGAAAUAUUCUCAGUUGAAGUUGUCUAUAACUACAGAUGAUGUUGCAUGUAUUUUAAAUGCUAUAAGUAGUAGUACUAAACUAGCUUCCAUCAUUAUUUGGUUAAAGAAUUUUAUUCCAUCACUGUUAGAACAAAAUCCAUUUUACAUUGACUUAUUUGUCAGAUGGGCUAUGGAAAGAGUUUUUUUGUUAGAGCAAUCUGCAUUUUGGCCAAAGAUAGGCUUGAAAUUCGUUGAAGAAAUCAUAGUCAUUCUUGAAACAUCUCUUAAAUCAAUCUCUGUAAGACCUAUAUCCAUGGAUGACCUAGACAUGCUUAAAACAAGAAUAUCAUACAUAAUGGAAUUGAAGGAUAAAUAUAGAAUCAAUGUAUUGUUAAAUGAGUUGAGCUCUCAGAGUCCAAGUGAAGUAGCUUUGAUAAUGCUACGCCGUUGUUAUACUGAAGACCUGACACCAUUCUUGCAAAAUUAUUUGCCACCAUAUGCUUUGCAGUAUUCAUUUGACAUCGAUGAAAUUCUUGGUUCAUACAUUGAAAGCGAAGCAGCAAGCAGUGGUGGUGGAAUUGAUGGUGCACGGCUACAGAUAUUACUGGAAGCUUUCCAUUCCUACAAUAAUAAACUUGAAUGUUUAUUACAAGUUCUAAAAGUCCUAGAUGUCCCGUGGAAUUCAAAUGUCUUAGAACUGGCAGUAAAAACAGUCACCAAUGCUGGUAAAACCUUUACUGUAUCUGAUUCAGAAAGAUUACUCUCAAGAGAAAUACAAACAGAAAUUAAUUACGCAAAUGCGAAAGUGGUACUCAAGAAAUAUAAUUUCCCAAUGACAUGUACUGAUUACAUGUUAGUACUUCAUAAAAUUUUAAGUGUACCAGUUAUAGAAUUAGAAGAUUUAAAAGCAAUAAUAGGCAUAAUGCCGAUUUAUUCAAACUAUGGCAAUGCUUUAUACAUUGAAAGAUGCUUACAGGAUUGUGAAACUAGAAAAGCAUUGGUAUAUUUUAAUAGCUUAUCAUCAAAGGAAAAAAAGUUGUUACUCAAAACUGUGGUGGCUAAAUAUGAACAAAUUGUUUGUGGAAACACAAUUAAUUUAAGUGUUGAAAGAAAUUAUAUAGACUUCAUGAAGGGAACACAUCUUCUAAAUGAUAUUGAAAUUAACGACAUUGAAACACUGUACAAUUUCAAAAAUUCUUAUAAUAUACAACUUAAUAUGAACGACAUACGUAAUGAAAGAACCUGUGAAAAUGCAGUUAAUUCUUGGAUCAAUCAAGAUGGAGCGAUUGCAAGCUCUAGUCGUGGUGGAAGUGUUAUUCAACUAACACAAGCAUGUCAUUCUCAAUACUCAGUACUUACGGCCUUGUUGCGAAGUACUUCUACUUGCUGUCAAGUGCGAAAACUUGUUGAAUACCUUAUAAGGAUGUUUUCCACGAAAGAUGUAUCAGUUGAUGAUUUUACAGCAGUUUUAUCUCAGUUUCAGUAUGGUGAAAACUGUGAUCUAUUGCUGAAUUCCUUCAAUGUGUUAAUUGAGCUAAUAGUGAACUGCAGUGAAGAAUAUCUUCACAAUUUAAUGAAACAAUUGGCUUUAUUGAACAAUCUGAUCAACGCUAGCAUAAUUGUGAAAAACUUGUCAAUAGCAUGGAAAUUCCAUUACAUAUUUCUGCCUAUUUCGUCGAGUACCGCUAUUAAUGAACUGAUAAAUUUCUACAAAACCAUACAAUAUCCAAACUGUUUAGGAACGGAAUCGUCAAGUAUUAACAGUAAAUGUGAUUUUACUUUCAUGAGAAUGGUCUCAAACUGUAUUAUAAACUCUGAACCAGUGAAACCAACAUGGCAAGAUGACAUGUCUGAGAUAGCAAAACGAUUGUUAGCUAAAGUUGUCACAUACCAAGAGCUUGAUGAAUUAUUAAUGACAAGUUUAAUGUUAGUUCUGAAAAGUUAUGAAGAAGAUAAUAGUGUUCUAGAUAUUCUGAGAGGAAAUAAUGAACAAUUGCCCCCUAACAUACUUGGGUACCUUUCAUCACCUAUUAUCCGUUGCACUUUCGUUUUCAACAAUGAUUCGGUCUGCAAAGAAAUUGGUAGUUCUGUAUCGUAUCCUCCUCCGUACAUACUUAAAAGUAAGUUUAACAUCAAUUUGGCUGAUGUUGCUCUACCUGAUAACAGCGAAGAAACUUGGGAAGGAAAAGUUAUCUUGUUUUAUGUUCUGCUGCAUAGCCCGGAUACCAGUUUUGAGCGACUUAUUGAAUUAUGUCGUGCGUUAAACAUUUCCACAAAUGAUGGCCUAUCGCUUCAAUUGAUAGCUUUAUUAUCGACGUGGGAACUGAAAUAUAAAAUAGUGCCAGAUGAUUUAGGUCACCGCCAAAUAUACAUAGAAAAUGACGAAAGCUAUCUGAACAAAUGUUUUAUUAUUUGGCAUAGCAUAGAAAAUAAAGAUUUUGUAAAAGAUAUAUUGAACGAUUUUUGGAAAAAUGGUGAAGUCACUCUGCAUGGUCGUGCAGUAUCUAUAAAUCCAUAUUAUUAUGAAGUAUAUCUUUGCAUAUAUCGCCUGAUUUUUGGGACAGAUACCGAAGUAAAGAAUACGAAAGAGUACUUUCUAUUACACUACCUGAAAGAAUACAAACGUAAAAGUACUCCUAAACAAAAUGAAUAUGAACUGUUUUCUGUAAAAGGAAUGUUUCCUGAAAUUGGUCACUUCAGGUUACCAUUUCAUCUUUUUAUGCGAGAAGAUAAGUGGGCGAAUUUGAAAUCUGAAAUAACUUUAGAAACGUAUGAACGUUGGCUACCCGCUGUUGCUUUGCUCGAAUUAAACCCUACAGCACAAAUUGCUAGAGAUAUGAUUUGCAGCAACGCCGUGAAACAAACAAUGACUUCAAGAAAACGGAACGAUGACGUAGAUGCAGAUACCAAAAAUGAACCAUGGCUUUUGACCAGCCAGGAAGAAGCUUUAUUACGUGCAGCGCAUAGAUGUGUUCGACACAUUAACAACAUGGAGUGGGCAGGAGCGUGUCUUUUCUACGUGCUACAAGGAUGUGCACGAGGAGCAGACCAAGUGGCUGCAGCUCAUCUCUGUUACCAAUUUGCGCAACGCUGGGCCGCCGAGCAGCCUGGAAAUCGUGCAGUUCGACAAAUGCAAAGGCUGUAUGCGACUCUAUCAACAAGGCACGCUUUAUAUAAAAUUGAUUGGGCAUCUGAAGAGCUUGUUCGGCUUUCAACAGAGCCAGCACAACUCAUUCGUACUUUAUACCUACAUCCGGAUUUUAUAUCCAAAAUGAGCCGACACGAUGUUAAUCGAGCUGUUAAUGAAAUUGCAGAUAAGAAUUCCAUUAAUGUUAGUUCUAUAAGGAUUCAGAUUUUAGAAAACAUUCUCGACAAGGGCAAUGGUGACAGUAAAACGGUGACUGUUUUAAAUAUAAAGGAAUUAAUGACGGCAAAGUACAUAUUGAAAGCAACAUGCCCUAAGAUGGGUGCUAUAUACUUAUCUCGUAUUGCAUUUGAUGAUGAUAGUGAUAAUAAUAAAUCAAAAAAAUUAAGAGCUCUCCAGUGUCUAAUGAGCUUAGUAGAUGCUGACACUGCCAUCAAAGUAGCGAAUCGCAAGAGAGAUGCGCUAUGGAUGUCAUUGUUAGAGUUGUUUGGUGUCGUUAGCUUGGAAAGCAUUGAUAUGCCGUGGAUAGCGGCCACCUUUACGCAUGAUAAACUUCGUGGUCUAGAACAGUUGCUUCAGGCUUCUGAAGGUAACGCAGAUGGAUUGAGAACAGCUGCCGAACUUGCACGUGAAUUUGGUACCUCGCAAUUAAUUCGCAAUCUUAUUCCUCAUCUAUUACGUGCAGCUCUAUAUGAAGAAAUGAUUCCAUUAUUAUUGAAACUAACAUCUCAACUGGAUAGCGUGAUAUAUACUGCAUGGCGUGCUGUUAUUUUAUCUCCAUUCCAACGAGCUGACUACCCGAUUACAGAGCGUCAACGAACCAAGUGCUUAAAUGCAAUUAAUUUAUUACCAAUCUGUCCUGUUAUAAAGGACGAAGAUUUAGUAGAAAUAUGGAAAAACUGCCUUAGAUGUAAAGUAUUUGGAUUAGGUUGUUUAAUUUUGCCAUACAUGACAUCGCAAACAAGAAAAUCGCUUACCGAAUUACAGAAAAUUGACAGAAGAAAUCUGAUUGCUAGUUUGAAAAAUCUACAUGCUGAUACUUACCUUGUAUCAGGUGCGAUGCAUAUAAUUGAGAGAUUAUCAUUGAGAGCCUACAGAUAAGGAUUUAAAAACAUGAGUUAUAUGGUUUAUUUGAACUGCCAUAUUAUAA